AUGGAACACCCGGAAUUCUCUAAUGGCCUAGAGCGAGAAACUCAAUUGGCCAUCUUGAAGCGGUCCUCUUUAAAACCAUUGUUCAUAACGACUGUAUCGAUUGAUGGCGACAACCAGUUGAGUCCCCUUUCAGAUGCGGUUUACAAGUCGGUUCUGGAGCCUGUUCUCUCACAGCCUCUGCAGACCUUGGAACAGUCAAUGACAAACUUUUCAGAAAUUAAGAAGAAACUUAUUUACACUGGAUUGUUCAAGGACGUGAAAGUCUCUUUAGAUAGAGAGGCCAAAGGAGCUGGUCUGCAAAACCUACCCGAAGACGCCAUAAAGGACUAUAAUCUCGAAAGUCCUAUUCCAACAGCGGCAAGAAUCUUUUUGACGCCUAUGCAAUUCAACAAUGUGUGCUUGACUUCGACGACCGGCGACUCGCAGUCUGCACUUGGAGGAAGAUAUUCCUUUAUCAAUACAUGGGGGAAAGCUGAAGUCUUGACCUUACAAAGCGAGCUGAAGGCAGUUCCCUUCAGCCCAAAUAGAGGUGAGAGAAAUUUUGAAGCAAAACUCAUGGUUCCUCUUCAGAAGAAUCCCUCGGUAAAGGCCGUCAUUGAUGCAUCCUACGCCAAGAUCGAUCUAAGAGACCUGAAUUAUGUGGCAUCAGAAGAUCAAGGUCUCCAAAGUCAAGCAGCUCUGAAUAUUGGUGUGCAAAAGACGUGGAUCACUAAGAACUUAAGCUCUGCUCCUUUUCUGUACAACGGCCUUUCCAUUGUUGCCAGAAAUAUAGCAUCAGCAAAUGGCUCAGAAAAAUCUAAGUCGCCGUUCUCCAAAAGCAGCUUUGUUUCACACUUUUCAUUUGACAACCGAAAGUUUUUUGGACUUUUUCCCGCUUUUGGUGUAAAACUAGCGGCCAGCAAUGAAUAUGUUAUUUCGCAAAAGCUUGGCCAGUCAUCGGAUACAAUAGGAUCUCAAGAGCACAGUUUUAACAAAUUUGCCAUUACGGCUGAGGCACAUCGCCCAAUCUUCAAAAACAGGAUUAUCAAUUCGCUUGACAUUGCCUUUGGGGGUAUAAUCCCGACAGUUCAGUCUACAAGUACCACUCAUUACAUGGAUAAAUUUUAUCUCGGAGGACUUGCGAGUUUGAAAGGUUUCGAACGAAAUUCUGUGGGCCAACAGGGUGGUGAUUUUUUCUAUAAGCUACGUUUGGCUUCGUCUUUCAAGCUUCCAAAUACGCCCAGUGAUUCUCCUUUGAGACUCCAGUGUUUCUUAAAUGGAGGAGACGUCUUUGAUGGCAAACUUGACAAUUUUUAUGGGGCUGCAAGUUCUGGUAUUUCACUCCUUUACAAAAGCCGUUUGGCCAAUAUGGACUUGACAUAUGCUAUUCCUUUUAGCUACAGAAACCAAGACAUUGCCAAACCGGGCUUUUCUUUUGGAGUUUCUUUGUCAUUAUAUUGA